AUGACGGACACAAGUAAUGUAGAUGAUGCUGAAAUAGCCCGUCAAGAGGCAUUCAAUAAUAAGAUGAUAGAAGCGGCAGAAAAAGUGAUGAAUGCCAACCUUCCCAAGUUAGCUCAAGAAGUUGAGAGCCGAGUUUUGGGGGUUGUUAAUGAGAUGAUGACUAGCAAGAUUGAGGAGUUAAAAGAAAUGCUUGAAGGGUCCAGGGCUAAAAGCAAGGAACGAAGGUGUACAUAUAAGGAUUUUAUGGCAUGUAAUCCCUUUUCAUACAAUGGGGAGGUGGAUCCGGUGAAGUGUCAAAGAUGGAUAGCAAACAUUGAAGCCGUAUUUGUACGUAGUCGAUGUGAGAAAGAAGAUCAAGUAAUGUUUGCUACGGGUCAACUUCAGCAACAGGCCAAAGAUUGGUGGGAUACCCAAAGUAAGGAGAUAGGGGAAGUGAGACUCCAAACUUUAACAUGGCAGGAAUUCAAAGAGUUGUUCCUAAAAUAUCAUUGCCCGCAAUCGGCAAUUGAUAGAAUACAAGAUGAGUUCUUGCAUCUUCGUCAACAGAAUGAGUCCAUUGAUGAAAUUACCAACAUAUUCUUCGAUAAGUUAAAGUUCUGUGAUGAUUUCGUCAAGUCAGAAAGGAUGAAGAUAAACCGGUAUUAUGGAAUGUUGAAGGCCGAAUAUAGGGAGUUCAUUACCCCUUCGAAGUGUGAAACUCUAAGUGAACUUAUCAAUUUAGCCCGGGAUAGGGAGAUAGAACUGAAGCGACAAGUGGAAAGAGGUGAGAAAAGAGUUGCUGAAAAGCCGUCAACUACGAACCCAUCUAAGAAGCCUAAGCAGCAUGACACAAGAACUAAAGGAGGGUCUAAGGGUAGUAUUCCCCCAUGCAAAACUUGUGGAAAGCUUCACACUGGAGAAUGUCUAAUGGGAAAGAAGGGGUGUUACAACUGUGGUCAGGAGGGACAUCCUUACUUUAAGUGCCCUAGUCCCGUGAGGACGUGUUUCAAUUGUUUCACUCCCGGUCAUGUAAAAGCUGAUUGUCCAAAGCUUAAACAACAAGGGCAGAAGGAUGAAAAGAAGAAUGAAAAUCAGAAGGCUCGGGGAAGAAUGUUUCAGAUUACCACUGAGGAAGCCAAGGCCUCACCGAAUGUCGUGUCAGGUAUUUUCUUAAUCAACCAAAUACCCGUGAAUGUGUUAUUCGAUUCUGGUGCUAGCAAAUCUUUCGUGUCAGACGAACUUAUGUGUUACCCCUCUUUUAGAAAGGAACGAAUGUCUGUACCCUUAGAAGUAGAAGUAGCGGAUAGUAAAAGUUAUUUGUUAUGUGAAAUUUGUAAGAAUUGUAAGAUAACCAUAGAAAACGAAGAAUUUGAAAUAGAUCUCAUUCCUAUGACUUUGGGGGAAUUCAAGGUGGUAGUAGGGAUGGAUUGGUUAUCCCGCUAUCACGCGGAAAUUCGAUGCGAGGCAAAAGUUAUUCAUGUAUUCUCACCUAGUGGGGCUCGAAUAAGCAUUUGUGGGGAAAGAAAGUUAGAGACAAAACUGUGCACGAUUGUCGAGGCGGUGAAGCACGCAAGGAAUGAGGGUAAGGUUUACUUGGUUUAUGUAGUGGAUACAAGACAGAAGGUGCCUGAAAUUGGAGAAGUAGAAGUGGUGAAUGAAUAUGCGGAUGUGUUUCCGGAUGAAUUACCGGGAUUGCCACCUGAGCGAGAGGUGGAAUUCCGAAUCGAAUUAAACCCGGGUGCCAAGCCAGUGGCUAAAGCUCCUUAUAGAUUAGCUCCCACUGAGAUGCGAGAGCUAAUGACACAGAUACAGGAAUUACUCGAUAAGGGUUUCGUACGCCCGAGUGUGUCGCCUUGGGGAGCCCCGAUGAUCUUUUUGACCAACUGCAAGGAGCAAGUUGGUUUUCAAAAAUCGAUUUGCGUUCGAGGUAUCACUAACUUCGGGUACGGGAAGAAGAUGUUGCAAAAACUGCGUUCAGGACCCGAUAUGGGCAUUACGAGUUUUUAG